AUGUCCAUCGAAAACCUCAAGACCUUCGACCCCUUCGCCGAAGCCGAAGAAGCUGGCGAGACCCCUAAGACUGAAAAUUACAUCCACAUUCGGAUCCAGCAACGCAAUGGCCGUAAAACUCUGACUACCAUCCAGGGCCUUGGCGAUGGACGCAACCACAAGGCCAUCUUGAAGAAGAUGAAGGCUGAUUUUGCCUGCAAUGGUAACAUCGUGAACGACCCUGAGAUGGGUAAGGUCAUCCAGCUGCAAGGAGACCAGCGUAAGGUUGCUCACGAGUACCUGAUUACCAAGCCUGAUCCCGAGGACGAGGAGCGACAGCGCAGGAAGGAGAAGAAGGCCAAGAAGAAGGCCGCUGCCGCCUCCGCUGAUCCCGAUAAGAAGGAGAAGAAAGAGAAGAAGUCCGACGACAAGGACUUGGACGACGACGACCUGCCCAAGGGUCUUGGCGUGAAGCCUGACACCAUCAAGGUCCACGGUUUCUAA